AUGGCCCUCGGGGGUUCAGACACUGCUCAACACCAGCCUGAUAGAGGCAAGUUCGAAUGCAGCCCCUCUCCAAAGUCUUACCCACUGCUCCACAAUGCCUCAAUACCAAACAUUUCAUCCUCAAUUCCAAAUCCAUCUCUUCAGGGCCGCAAAAAAGCCGUACUUCCCAAAGGGCGAGUUCUCCAAAAACUGCAUUUAGCAUUUCAGAUCCGAUCCUUGGCUGACUCGCGGCGACCCUCAGAGCGGGUUUCCCAAGGCCCAAGCGCCUCCGGCAAGGCGCAAACUUACACCACUGCUGGUUGCCAGGAGAUACUGUCCAGCCACCUCCUCCAAUCAGCACGCAUCUCUUUGCGUCCAAUCACAGAGGCCAGAAGGGCCGUGGUGGGAGGUGAAAGGUCAUACUCUUGUUUGGCGGCCAUUUCUCUUGCAGCUCAGCGGUUCGGGACUGGCGGUAUCUGCUGUGGUCACGAGGGACGAGCGGCGGCCUGGUUGGCAGCGAGUAGCUUGCAGCAUUCGCCCGUGGUUACGAUGAGUUUACCCCUCAAUCCCAAACCUUUCCUCAAUGGACUAACAGGAAAGCCAGUUAUGGUGAAACUUAAGUGGGGAAUGGAGUACAAGGGCUACCUGGUAUCUGUAGAUGGCUACAUGAACAUGCAGCUUGCAAAUACAGAAGAAUACAUAGAUGGAGCAUUGUCUGGACAUCUGGGUGAAGUUUUAAUAAGGUGUAAUAAUGUCCUUUAUAUCAGAGGUGUGGAAGAAGAGGAAGAAGAUGGGGAAAUGAGAGAAUAGCAUAUUUUGUGGGAGGUUUUUUUUUUUUCCUGACCCCAGCCCCCGGGAUUUUUUUUUUUUAUAUAUAUAUAUUUCUAGACAAUAAAGAUUUGUUUGUUCUU